GCUGAGAACCGCUCGUGCGCCGGUAUCAUGGCAACAGAAAAACCUUCAGACUGCCGGACACCUGAAGAAAACCUCUCCCUCCCUCCCUCCUCUUUGUGAGAGCUUCUGUUGACAAACGAGGCCGGUGUAGGAGGACUGAAGGAGUAAAACUGAGGCUGUUUUUAACUCUCUUUUUAAACUUGUGCUUCACUUGACGAACUUCUGACACAAAACCAAAACAGUUUGGACUUUCUUCCGUUUUACCGUGAUCUUCUGACCUGCACUUCCUCCUGUUAAGAAAGGUAAGAAACCCCAACAUUACUACGGUAACAUGCUAAAAUAUAAGCUUCAAAACUGGGAGUUACGACCAAGACUUAACAUAAAUUCAUUAUAUUCACGUUAAACUGAAGUAUUAACAGGUUUAUCGAGCUCUACACUUUGGUUUUUAAGUAUGUAAACAUGUUUUCUUACUUUAGAGAUGAGUCCUAAGAAGAAAAGGACAACUCAUGGUGUGAUCACUUUCCACACACCUUUUCCUGCCAAACUGCUGAAAUCAGAGGUAAAACAUACAAACAUGCAGUACACCACAAACACAUGUUAAAUCAAUCAUGCUUACAUAAAAGGUCAACUAACUUCUGUAAACUUGUUCUCUCAUAUUGUAAAGAUUAAAGCUGUGAAGUCUUAACAGAGUAAUAAUUUAUAACCACAGCCUCUCUCUAAAUGUCAGGGAGUCUGUGUAAGUACAGUAUGUGUGCACAGACCCUAGUCUGGUUUUUAAUGCAUGGCUGCCUGUCUCUUUCCUUUCUGUACCCUGUAACACCUGACCGUACAGUGCUUGAAUCUCAGAGUCCUUUUGGACAGAGGAAUGGAAAGGUUUCAGGUGAUUGAUUGAAAGAGAGAUAAUAUAGCCACAGUAAUCCUCUUAAUUUAGGACAAUAGAGAGAAAAGCUUGGUCUGGGGUCAGGUGACAUGAAGAGAACAAACAGACCGGAGUCUGAGAGUGGAGACGUCACUUUUGACAAACACAACAAAAACACUGUAAUGAGGGGAGCUGCCAUGUUCCUCCGGACGCCACGGUCACUUAGUUCACUGACAUACACGUCCCACCGUAUGUGUUUGAGUUACAGGGGGAGACAGUUCAGGUUUCCAGGUACUGACAUGAUCUGUUACCGUCUGUUGUGUCGGCCUCUGCUGCCUCCUGUUCACCUACAUGACUGUCUGUGAACCCCAGCUGGGAUUUAGAGUUCAUAUUUAAUAUGCAGCUCUUCAGUUUUUUUGCAGGUUUGCAGUAGCUACAAAAGUGCUGCAUGCAGUGUACUUUUGCUCUCUUCCAGCAGCCACUUGCUGCAAGACCUCCGGCCAGUCUAUUACGGACUACAGCGGGGUGCCACAGCAUAAGGAAGAACAUUUAUGAUCAUUUCUUCAUGGAAAUAAAAUCAGACUGAGACGCUAAGACAGAAGAACUACGGCGUCUGCAGUGCAAAAUGAUUAAUAUGGUGAUUAUUACUUCAAGGAAAUGAUAAAGAAAUGAUCAUAAAUGUUCUUCCUUGAGCUGCGUCACCCCGCUGUAGUCCGUAAUGGAGUAGGUGAGCUGUGUUAAAAGAUGUUUGGUGUCUAGUACUAUGUCUGUGACCCUUUAUGUCCUGUUGAUGAAGUUAGGUGCUGUUCUGAGCAUUAUUUGUGGCUAUAGAGUGGCGUUUUGGUUGAGGUUUGUUUAUGGCUCCUCAGACUGCUGUGUAUUGCUAUCCUGCGGUCGUUACUAAAGUUGGUAUAACUAGAGAAGCAAGCGGUCGGUAACAUUUAUCUCUCGAGGGGGUGUCUAACUCUGUGUUGCGGUGCGUUUGACCCUAAAUUAAUUUUACGGAAUAUCCCUUUAAUGAAAUAUUAUGGUAUCUUGCGUGCACUCAAUCAGUUUUGUGGAAAUGUCAAUCUUCUGCAUCCACCAGACAGUUGUUUUGUGGGACUGUCAUUAUGUUUUGCACACAAGAUGCUUUAAUUGAAAAAGUGUUUGGUAUUUGAAACUGAAUGAGCUGAUUGAGCUGCAGCACUUUGUGUUUAUUUCUGCCAUAUGGAAGUGAACUCAUCAUUGACUCUUCUGGUGUUUCAGGGGGGCACUGCAGACUUGAAGGACCCUGCAGAGACCAUUAGGAGCCCGUCUCAGCAGAGGAGCCCUUUUAAGAGUGAAAAAGCAAAGCAGAGUGAGUCCUCCUCCUCUGGGUCACAGCUGAGCCCCACACAGAACUUGCUCUCUCACUCCUCCCUCAGGCAACUGCAGGUAUUGCACUCAACCAAACACACCUGCCGGAUCAUAUUAGGUUUGUCUCUAAUAUUAUAAAAGAAAUAAUUAAGAUAAUUGUUUUAUUUUUUAGGUAAAGAUGGAGACUGAAAAUCAUCUGGUGAAAAAAAUACUGGAGACAGAAAAUGGUUUUAUGAAGGUAAGAUGCUGCACCGUUCAGUUUCUUUUCAGGACAUCACUGUGUCUGUAAUUGUCGGGUUUUUUGUCUCUGAAGGAUCUGGAGAAGUUUUUCAGACACAGAGAUGUAAAUGAGCUGAGGAGGAGGGAGCUGCUGCACAAACGCUGGACUGAACGUGUGUGGUUCCCCCUCCAGAGGAGAGUGGAGGAGCGCGUGUCCAGGUGUAGCCCUGUGGACGCCGAGAGACGCCAACGCCUAUACAGUCACUACCUUCAACACUGCAACACAAAGGUGGUGGGAAUUCACUCCUGAGUUUAUUUAAACUUGUUCUUCUCGACCUGAACUUUCUUGGAGUUGUUGUUUGUUCACGUAAAGAGUUGCACUGACGUCUCACUUCCUCUUCAAUGUCCUCCGUCUUCAGGGUUUCGUGUUUUUAGAAACUUACGAUCUGAAGGAAUACGAUCCUUUUCUCCUGAACACCAAACAGCCGCGCUUCUUCAAGGUGAUUCUGCUGUGACUGAAACAUUUCACUGAAUGCAACAUAAAGACUGCUUUGUACAUUAUGAUACCAUUUAAAUAUAUAUACUCUCUGUUUUAUCCCCAGCUGAGUGCAGCUGACUUUCAGGAUCCUUUCUACCUCCAUGAAAGACUGAAGGAUCAGAAAGAAGCUCGAUGUGAAGCAGGUACCUGGAGUUGAGUCUUGAUCGACUUUCCCAUGUUUGUGGCCUCCUUCUCAAAACUCUAAAACUUAUUUUCCACCUCAGGAUGCAAACAAAAGCGACCUCAGAGUGAUCAUCCUCCCGCUCAGCCUGCGGCGCCACAUCAUGACAUUUACCAUCUGGUUUCAUCCAGUUAUCAAUCCUCUGCAUCGAGGAAAACCACCACGACAGAGGAUGUGACCAGAGGAAGGAAGUCCAGCAGGUUUAUAUACAAACACAGAAUAAUGAAUCGACUCUAGACUGGGAGCGAUAAUUCUGCAAAUUACAGAGUUAAAUUAAGUUGGAUAUGAGAAGUACCAUCAUGCAAAUAUGUCUCUUCCAGGCUCGACGCAAUUCCCUGUCACAUCCUCGCAUCUGCCGCAGCAGAUGGACGGUGUAAUCAACAAGGCUGCUGCUCCUCCAGAAGAGGCCGUCAUCAACAGUCAGCAAGUUCACAGCAGCUUCAGUCUACCUGUGAAUAAAACCCUCCCUCUGACUACCUCACGGGUUAUUAAGGUGCUGAGAAAAAACAGAAAUAAGAGUGUGCACAAUCAGAUUUAAUGGCCGUCCUUCAUCGUACAGUAGUGGUCGUCAUCUGAAACUGACAGGACAACAACAGUGUGCAGCCGUCCGUGUGACGGAGCAGCAGUAGGAGUACAGUGACAUAUUCCUUCAUGAGAACACAGUGAGUUUGGAUUUUCCCUCAUUAUC